AUGGUGUCCGAUGGGGCACCAAAAAGUGGGCCAGUGCCGAGUGACCACGUUGACCAGCUCCUGGAGGAGUACCUGCGGGUCAUCAACAGCAAGGAUGAUCAGCUGCACCGUCUUCUCCGACAGCUGCAAGAUCAAGAGGUGGCUGCUGGGCAAAGGGAGAAAGACAACGCUGCGAAGCAGCGACAGCUCUCGGAGCAGCUGCAGAGUAAGAACAGAAAACUGAAGGAGGCGCAGGCACAGGCCGCGCGUGAUGAGGAAGCGGUUCGCAAACUCGUGCUAAACUCGGAGGUCCUCAAGAAGCAGCUGCAAGAGAGCGAGGAACGCGCCGAGGAUCAGGCGGCGGCGGCAGCUAAAGCCGCAGCAAAGGCUCGCCGGCUGGAGUGCGAAUUGUCCGACGCUCAGGUCACCCAUGCGGCGCUGCAGGCCCAAAAAACGAAAUCUGAGGAAGGGUGGGCGGCAGCCCAGCUGCAGGUGGAGGCGCAAAACGUUGCUGUCGCCAGCCUCAAGAGCGAGUUAGAGAUGGCUACGCAGACGCUGAGUGAAACUCGGUCACACGCACAACAGCUGCAGGCCCGCAUUCAAGAGAUGAUGCCGAUUCACGAGCACACAUCGGCGGUCGCCGCACUCGAGGCAAAGUCGACUAGCGAGCGUGCACAGCGCAAUGAGGACAUGAAGAAACUGCAAGAUGACCUCUCUAGCAGAGAGAAAGAUCACCGCACGACGCAGGAAGCUCUUCGCAAAGCGCAGCAAGACGUGGAAGAGAUGGCGGCUUCACUACAGACCACCACGAAAGCACUUGACACCGCAAAGCACCAGCUCGAGACCGCGGACUUGACGAGGCAGCAGACGGAGAAAGAGCUGCGCGAAGAGAUGUCGCGGUGUCGGCGAGCACACCUAGAGUCUGCUGAGCGCAUUGGCGAGCUGGAGCGGUCUUUGGCACGGUCGCAGGAAGCGCUCCAGCGCACGACGACGGAGCUGCAGGCAACCUGCGCUCAACACGAGCGCUACAAGGCAGUAGCCGAAAAGGCACACGAGGGGGUACAGGCGCAAAACCACGCACUGCAGGAGCAGCUGCGGCAAUAUCAGGACGAGGCGGACCGCGCACGUCGUCUGCUCGAGGCACGAGAGCGGAUGAUCAGCGACAGCGCUGACGCACUAACCCGCGCUCGCGAGGAUGCCACCCGUUCACAAGCGGAGCUUCGUGAGAAGCUGGCCACCGUCACGGCAACCGCGGCUUUGCGAGCUGAAGAGUGUGACCGUCUGCAGCACCAAUUGAACCGCGUGCAGUCGGAGCUGGCAGGUGCGCAGCGGCGCACCACUGCCGACGAGCAUAGUCUAUCGCAGAAACUGGAGGAGCUGCAGACCGGCGUGCAGCGUCUGCAAGUGCAGCUCCGAGACAAGGAGGAAGAGACGCGCCGUGCUGAGCUCGUCCACGGAAAGGAGCUGCAGAAAGUUCAGCACGACCAUGCAUUCGCUGUCGAAGACAUGCGGCGUCGACACGAAAACGAGGUGCAGGACUUGCGCACUCGGCUUGAGCUCGCGCGCGCGGAGCUAAGCGAGAAGGCAGGCGGAUCGAAGGGGUUGGAGAAGGAACUCUACCACGUCGCGGAGGCCCGACAGGAGAUGAGGAGCGAGAUGAAUCGCCUACAAAACACUAUCGAGGCAAAGGAAACGGUCAUUCAAAGCCUACGACGGGAGGUCGACAGGCAGCAGACAGAGGCUGCGCAGCUUACGCAACGCUUAGCCGCGCACGAGAGGAACGAGGGGGUCCUGCGGCAGCGCAUCGAGGAGGCAGAGCGGGCUCGGCUGGACCUCAAGGCGGCAAGAGAAAGAGCUGAGGAGAGCGUGGUGGCCAUUCGGAGAACGGCGGAGACGAGCACCGCCGCCCUUGCUGGAGUGGAGGCGCAGCUGAGCGAAAAAGACCGCAUCAUCACCGCUCUCCGUCUGGAGGUGACGGAGUGCGUGGAGGCCAAGCAAGUCACCUUCAAGGAGGUAUUGCAAGAGAGGUCGCACCGCGACAAGUUAGAACUCUCCUUGACGGCAGCGGAGGAGCGGGUUAAUAAGGCUGAGAUAGAACUGCGUGUCGCCUUGCAGCAACAGGAGCAACUGCAGCGCUGCAUCGACGAGAGGUCAAAGGAGGUGCGACGCCUAAAGGAGGAAGCGGAGCAGCGCGAUGCCGAGUGCUCGCGCCUUGCGCGCCAUGCCGAGGACGUGGAGUCACUUGCCAAGAGCACUGCUGAGGAGCUGCGCCAGACGAUCCACGAGCGUGACGACACUAUUCAGCGCCUCCGAAGCGAGCAGGCGACGGUACUUCCGCAUCUAAACGAAGAGAGGGGCAAGAACCUUGUUCUGCUGGAAAAGCUGCAGCAUCAACAGGAGCUUAGCCGCAUGCACCUGGACAACGCCCAGCAGCGCAUCAGCAGUCUGGAAGAGGCCGUUGAGGCGCGAGUGGCGGAGGUGGCCGCGCUUCAAGACAACAAGGCACGCGCCGAGGAGCAGCUGCUGGAGGUCCAAGCACAAGUGACCACGCUCACGGACACCCUCGAUAGUCGGGAGCACAAGUAUCAGCAGCGUAAAGAAGAGGUUCAGAAGGCGCUGCAGCAGGUGGAGGAAGUCAAGGCAGCUACAGUGAUGACGCUUCAGCGCGCGGAGGACCAGACGGCCGCCGCCAGCGCGAUUCGAGAGAAGUACAAGAAGGAAAAGGCAAAGAUGGAGUUGCUCCUGGAGCGCAUGGAGGAGCGUUUGCGUGCGUCGGCGAAGCGCGAGAAAGAGGAUCGCCAGCGAAGUGUCGACCUGACUGAGAAGCUCACAGAGACAGAGGAAGCGCUGCGACGAGCGCAGGACACGCUUGACUCACGCAUCAGCGAAGUGAAGACGCGCUACGAGGAGAUGUGUCGCCAACAGGCGGAGUCGUUCCGCGACGUCACGAAGGAUGCCAUGGCUGCCGAGAAGCUUGCGACCUCUUUGCAAGUACAACUGCACGAGGCGCAGCGCAGAGCAGCGUCUAUAGAGGGCAGCUACCGUGAGCUGCAGCGCCACCUUGCAGCAUCCCAGGCGCUAGUGCUUGAGGGAUAUGCGGAAGAGGCGAUAGACAUGAAGCGAGUGUGCAUCGACCUUGUUUUGCGGGCGCACCGCGGCACUGUGUCCCGCGCCACAAGUGUUACCAAGGACAGCUGGUCUGCCGCCCAGAAGACGGCCGCCGAGCUCUGCGAGGGCGCGAGGGACACGGAGCGACAGCUGGUUCGCCUUCAGCUGGAGCACAAGACGGUGCUUCGAGCCGUCGAGGAAGCCCACCAGCGCCGGCUGGAGGCUGCCGCUGCGGAACACCACGAGGCGGUUGCGCGUGUUCAGGGGGAACUGGCUGAGGCAGAACGGUGCGUUCUUGGCCUUAAAGAGGCGGCGCGACGCACCAACGACGACCGAGACCAGCGCAUGCACGCCUUGAAGGAGUCUCUGGAGCGCGUGACAGCACUGCUGGAGAUGGAAAAGCGCCAGACUGCCUCCCUGCGUGAGAGGAUAGCUGCUGAUGAGGCAAAGCGCAGCAAUGAUGCGAGUGCUGCCGAGGAUGAGCGUCGGUGUUUGCAACACAGUUUCGACAAGCUGAAGCGUCAGCUGGAUGAUCGAGUUGUGGAGCAGAAACACAACGAGGACGAGCUUCGGGAGCUGCGCGCGGAAGUGGCGGCGCUGCAACGCGUGCUGGGCGAAAAAAGGCGCGAGGUAAAGCAAGAGGCAGAUCGGGUCACUAAAGAGCACGAGCGCCUGGUGGCCGCUGUUGCGGCCCGCGAAGCCGCGGAGCUGCGGUGCGGUGAGAUGGACAAGCAGAUAAACUUUCUGCGCGGACAGCUCGAGACGGCGCGGCUGAGCCACGAGCGUGUCGCUAACGACCAUCAGGCAGCCCAGCGGACUCGGGACAUGCGACUCGACGCAGCGCAAGCAGAGUUAGCCACUGCCGUUGCGGAGAGGCGCAGGUGCCAGCGCGAGGUAGAGAGCCUCGAGCAGCGAGUGAGGGAGCUGACGAAAGAGGUGCAAGCUCUGCGUCGACAGGAGGCCGACAUCCUGGGGCAACUCCAGGCAUACAAGGCGGAGACCUCAGCUCUGCGUGAGCGGUGCGCGAACGUGGAGUCGCUCAAGAACAUUAGCGAGGCCUCCCUCGCCGAAACGCAAGCGCGCGAGCGCGACUUGAUGGACAAGCUCGAGGAGCUGCGUAAUGCUCAGCAACUCAUGCAGCUGUGCUUUGACAAGCAGCAAGAGCAGCUGGAAGUGGGCCGUCGCCUCCGCCAGCAAGAUGCACUGCAGCCGUCACGGUUCUCCUCGUAG